AUGACGCGCCUGGGUAUUUUGAAGCCUCAGGCACUCAAGCCGCGACUACGGCCCGAGAAAUAUCGGCCAUCUCUUUUCGCCUUCCCCCAAGCCCGACUUCAAAGCAACAUGGCCCUGCAACGCUCAUCAGCUCCGCUAGUAUGGGUUGAUUGUGAGAUGACGGGUCUCGAUCCCGAAACUGACCAGAUCCUCCAAAUCUGCUGCUUCAUAACCGACGCACAACUCCAGCUCCUCGAGCCCAAUGGCUUCGAAAUCGUGGUCCACCAACCCAAAUCUAAGCUAGAUGCCAUGUCGCAAUGGUGCAUCGACACACAUGGCAAAUCGGGACUUACGCGAGCCGUGCUUGCCUCUACUACAGACGCGGCAACCGCAUCGAGUCAAUUACUAGCUUACAUUAAGCAAUACAUCCCUGAGCCAAGGACUGCGUUGCUCUCGGGGAACAGUAUUCAUGCCGAUCGAGCUUUUUUGGCGAAACCGCCGUAUUCGCCGAUACUUGAAUGGUUACAUUAUCGCCUGCUGGAUGUUAGUACAGUUAAGGAGGCUGUCAGACGAUGGGGAAGCGACGAGUUGCUCAGCGCAGCACCGCCGAAGCGAGAAGUGCAUCUGGCGAGGGAUGAUAUUCUUGAAAGUAUUGCAGAGAUGAAGUAUUAUCGCUCGAAACUCUUUGAUGGGAAAUGA